CUGGGAGAAGGUACCCGGAUGGAUGUCAGGAAGCGCGAUGCAGAGCCGCAGAUAUAAACAGUGAGCGGUUUAAUGUGUGUUUUAACGCGGUGUGUUGGAUUAAUCUCAUCUGGAGCUGACACAUCUGUGCUCUGUGUGUGUGAAUGUGUGUAUGUGUGUUACUCAUGAACGAGGGACGGUGGUCGAGUGACUCGGACCUGCAGAGUGAAGUGGGUUCUACCAGAGUUCCAGACCCGAACCAGAACCAGCAUCAGAUCCGAAUGCUGGAGGAGGAGGAGGAGGUGCGGGGAGGACACGCCCGCCUCCAUCACGACCUCCACCACAACCUCGCAAACAACACUGGAGCAGGAGAAGAAGAGGAGGAGGAUGAAGAAGAAGAUGGAGGUUCCAAAAUGGAGGAUGAGGAUGAGGAAAUGGACAGCACCAGUGGAGCCUGUUCUCCUGAACUGAUGCGAGAUUCAUCAUCACUGAGCUGCAGUCCCUCAGUGUGUGAAGGUCCUCUGAGUCCUGAGGAAAUCCCGGUUGGUGUUUUUUCUCCUCGUGAUCUCAGUCGCUGCGUCUCUGAGACUCUGCGUGUGUUAGAGGAGAGAGGAGAUGAUGCUGCACUGCCACAACGCCUCCAUCAGAUUGCUGAGUGUCUGGUGCAGGAGGAGGACUAUGAGAGAGCUGUGCACUUCCUCCAGCUGCAGCGACUAUACCACGAGAGAGUGCUGUCCAACAUCACCGCCCUGCAGGAGACAUGGGUGAGCAGGUGGAGAUGUAGAAGGUCUGUAGAGAACUCCCUUCCUCACUGUAAUCUGAAUUCAGAACAUCUGGACAAACUGAAACACAUCUGCAUGACACACAAACAACCGACUUGGAGCUCUGACACGUGUGAGCUGGUGCACAAGAUCAGUGUGAACGGUGAGAGCUGUGGCGAGAAGAACAUCACAUCAGAAUCUCCAUGCAAUGACAUUAUUUCUCGGUCAGAGUCGGGGAUGUUGGAGCAAGAUGAAGUCUCUCCCAGUGAAAGUGGCACUGACUAUUUGGCCCAGCAGAGGGAGCCUACACAUGUCUGUGACUCCACCUCCAGCCCUCCCACUUCUUCUCCUCAAACCCCACCCACCCUGGUAAUGACAGAAAGCUCCUCACCGGCAAAUAUCAGAGAGGAAGCCGAGAAACAGUGUGACAGAGAACAAGAGAGUGAGGGAGAGAAAGAACACGAGACAGAGAGGACACCUCAAGAAAUUGGAAAGGAGGCGGAGCCUGGAGGAGGCAGGAUGGAGGUGGAACUUGAAAGAGGUGGGAUGGAGGUGGAGCCUGUAGAAUCUGACCAAAAGAGAGAAGAGGGAAUGACAGAAGGAGGAGUGGAAACAGUGUCUCACACUGAGCAGGAUAAAGAAGCAAAGAAACAGGAAGAGGAACAGGAAGAGGAAGUAGAGGAAACUCUGGAGCUGGAGGAGGAGCUUCAGAGGCCAGAGGACGCCAUGUUGGAUGACCUCGCCAAACGCAUCCAGGUGGAGGAGAUCACUCCUGCCUCAGGCCUCAUCUCCAUCCUGAAGAGAAGAGUCCGUGACGGAGGAGAUGACACUUCCUCCACAAACAGACAGACUAAACGCAGAGUCCGUUUCCACGUUCCUGACGACGGCCUGGAGCAUGAUGAGGUGGGCGGAGACUCCUGGCUCCUCCUGCUCCUUCUGUGUCUGGUGACCGUGGUGAUCAGUGUGGGUGGGACUGCGUUAUACUGCGCAUUUGGCGACGCCCACUCGAGUGUGUGUACAGACUUUUCUCACAACAUUGAUUUCUACAUGGGGAAGGUGCAGCGCAGCGUGGACGACAUCACACACUUUUUCUCCUCCUCUAGCUCGUAGCCUCCAUCUCUCUCUCUCUCUCUCUCUCUCUGUAUAAUGUAUCUCUCUCUCUCUCUUUAUCCAUCCCUCCAUUUUUCUAUCUCCAUCUCUCUCUCUCCAUCUGUCUCUCUACCUCUGCCACGGUCUCUCCAUCACUCUGGAUCAAAAGAUGAGAGACGGAAUGAAAGGAUGAUUUUUCAGGGUCUGACUGGAGUAGCGGGUGUUGAUGAUGUCACAACUCUGUGCUGAUGUUGAUGUCCCGCAUUAUUUCCUGGUGCAGCAUGUCAUUUCAAAUCCGCUUAUUUAAACUUCCUUAAAUUAGGUGUAAUUGAGAGAGAGUAAGCCGUAUUUCUGAAGUUUUUACCUUAGCAGGAAAGUAGCAUGUACAGAUUUUGAGGCGUCAAAUUGGGCGGAGCAUGUGACCUUUCUAAUAGCAGUUCUUUUUGCUUCUUAGCAUAAAACAUCUGUUUUAACGCAAUAUAUUCGGUUAUCUAUCAUUAGCUUGCUACCAAACUUGGCUAGUUGCAUAACGUCACACAGCUACUGCUGCAGACGUAAUGUUAAAGUUGGCUAAAUAAAAACGUUAGCUGGCUAACGUUAGCCCAGUGUUAGCCAUUACGCUGUGUAAUUACAGCUGUGUAGUUCCUCUCAAGGUUUCUUCCUCUUAACAUCUUAGGGAGUUUUUCCUCGCCACCGUCGCCACCUGGCUUGCUCAAUUGGGAUAAAUUCGCACAUUUAAAAUCUGUAUAAUGUGCUUAUAUAUUUCUGUAAAGCUGCUUUGAGACAAUGUCUACUGUAAAAAGCGCUGUACAAAUAAAAAUUGAAUUGAAUUGAAUUAAGUACAUUGUGUAUAUCUAGUCGAAGAAGGCUAGUCGUGAUGUCAUACUCUCAAGUUUUGUGAUUGGCUGAUUGAAUUGAAUUUAAGCUCCGCCCAUGGCAAAAUCUGUAUGUGCAGGAAUUUCAUAUCAUUUAACAUUACACACUUUUAAGUCUUCAUUUUUAAGUCUUAAGAAUAUUGAGUCUUAGCGUAUUUCUUAUAGCAAUUUCUGUUUUUAACCUUGAUAAUUAUCAUGAUACUGUGGAGAGACAAAUAAUGAUGUAUAAAUUGAUAUUUGUUACAGAUUUAAGUGGUUAGGAUUAAAAUAUGUAAUAUAAGGGACAGAAGAGCAGUAUAUAUAGUAAAGAAUGUUUUAAUGUAAAGAUUUUAAGAGUAGUGGUAUAAGGAGAGACAGAUUGUGUUAUUUAAUGCUGUUUUUGCAAAUUGUUGUGCUGUGUGUGUGUGUGUUGUGUUUGAGGGGGUGCGAUGUUUCCUCUACACUGUGAUCUUUUUUUUUUUUUAAACCACACAACAUUAAUGUAUAUUUGACCUUACAGUAACAGGAAGCUGCAGGCUAAAUAACGGCUAACAGACGGUUCCACACCUGCAGCACUGUAGCUAAUGGCUAGUGAGCAGGAAUGCUACUUGGAUAGUCUGAUCUUUGACAAAUAAUUUACAAUAAUAACACACAAAAACUGAAUCAACAAUAAUAAAUAAAUGAGCUAAUCCUGUUGCUUUCAAGCACAUCUGCCUGUCUGCUAAAUAUGUUCUAAGGAGUAGUUUUUGUACAGCAAGUCUAGUUUGCUACUUUAAGAGUUAGCCUAUUGACUGUAAUGCUAAUUAACAUGUAGCCAAUUUGCUAUAAUGCUAGUACCUGGGCUAGCAUGUUUGCUGUAAUACGGUUUCACAGUUUGCCCCAUUUGAUAUUGUGCUAUUUUUCAUGUUAGCAUGUCUCCUGUAAUGCUAGCUCCUGUGUUAGCCCAUUUGUUUUAAUGCUAGUGCCCGUGUUAGCACGUUAGCUGUAAUGCUAGCUCCCGUGUUAGCCCGUUAGCUGUAAUGCUAGCUCCUGUGAGUAUUUAUUGACAGACACAGGUGGAGUUUUUGCUGAUUGUGGAUGAGAAACAUGUUCUACUGUGUGAUUUGUAUUAGGUGACUUAUUUUACAGUAUUUCAUUAAAUAUUGAUAAUAAAUCAUGGCCGAGGCUUCGCAACUCCUCAGGCUGAACACACAAUUUAAAAAAAAAAAAAGCAUUUUGAAUUCAUGUUUUGUGUGUGUGUGUGUGUGUGUGUUUAUGUUUAUGUUUAUGUUUAUUGUCUGUGGUGUAAAACUGUAGUGGGUUUAAAAUUUCUCUGAGCACAGAACACACAUGCACACGAUGUCUUAAAACCUGCUGGAUUCCUUUUCAGUAGAAUCGCAGUUUUGGGGAAGAGAUCGGAUUUUUAUUGUGAUUAUUGUUGUGUUUAUUUGCACGCGUCCUCUGGCCGGAUCAGACGGCGGUGUUCUCAGUAUUUAUUUUAACAUAGGACAAAAAUCCAAAUCUGAAUUUAUUGGUUGAUAAUGACGUCAUCUUUCCUUCCUGCUCUGUUCCUCUGUAAAUGUUCAUCAGUAAGGUUUAUUUCAUCUCCUCAGAUCUAAAGAUAAAUGAUCAUUUCAUUUUACACUAAAAUAUGAUUUUGCUGUAUAAAAUCAUUGUCUCCUCAGAGCUCAGACACUCAGCAAGGCAAAGCUCCACUCUGAUUGGCUGUUAGACUCAGCCUGUAAACCAAUCAGAUGGCUCUACCUUAAUACAUGUGAGUGGAUGCAGUUCUGGGCAUUGAUUACUGUAUAGAUGAUGUUGAGUAAUGUUAUAGCGUGUUAUAUCAUGUUUAAGACGGGUGUUUUUACUGAACUAUCGAGCGCUUAGAACCGUGUUUAUUACUGUUCAUCUACAUAUUUAAUUAAAAAUAAUCCAAAGAAAUCAAAUAUCAGUGAGAAGGAAAAUCUUACUAAAGGAAAAAUGUUACUCCAAACACCUCAGUUUUACUGUGUUUAGUGUUUUUUUGUUUGUUUGUUUGUUUGUUUGUUUUUAAUUACAUUAAUUACUGAAAUUUCACCCACAUUAUUUCUGUCUGGUUCUAAGUCCUCGAUAUGAUGUUUUUUUCUCCCCAUAUUGUAAAAAACAUAUAUAUAUAUUAAAGGGGAAACACAAAGUUCUUAAUAAAUCAGUUUUACUGUCAGGA